AUGACAGCAAGAACUAGUGCUUUUACUCAUGUUUUGUUCAAAAAUAUAAUCAACAAUGAAUUAAUGAUUGCUUCACUUGAAAAAUGUCAUAUUCAAGAUGAUAAUGUUACAUAUAAAUGUGGCGAAAAAACUUUUAAUGGUGAAUUCAUUACUGUUGGUCCAAAAGGGUUAUAUAACAAGCUGAUGAAGAAAAUGAAUGAUUAUACAACAGAUUAUUUGUAUUCAUCUUUACCAGAAGAAGAAGAUGAUGAUGAUGGAGAAUAUAAUGAUGACGAUGACGAUAAUGAAACUAAUGUUUUAAAAGGUGGUAAACUAAUUCAAGAUAUUAAUCCAGUCUCGAUACGAUCAUCAUCACCAAAUGUUAUAUGUUCAUCAAAUGAUAUUACCAAUAACAAUGAUAACGUUCAUGCAUUACAAAAUGGCUUUGCUUUAAACUAUGGAACAAUUAAUACAUUAUAUGCAUCAUUAAAAGAAGCUCGAAAUCAAUUAACCAAGGAUAUGAAACUUCAACAAUCUCCACAACAUCAAGGAAUGUAUAAUCCAUUAUCAAAAGAAAUUUUAUCAUUAAUGAAUAAACAAUUAAUAUUACCAUGGACACGUCGUCAUCGUUGUCGUACAUCAUCAAGUCAAUGUUCAUUUUGUGAAGAAUAUAUUUCACCACGUGAUGAAAUUAAAUUACCUGAACUUGAAUUACCAAAUAUAAAUGAACUUAAACAACAACAGCAGCAACAACAACAAAUAUUAAUUCAAUCAACUAGAUCAUCAAGCAAAUCAAAAUUUACUAUUGAAAUGUCAUCAGGUGGUGAUCACCAUAGUUCAUCAUCAUCAUCAACAUCGUUAAAUAUUGAAGAAGAUGGUGCUAUAAAUGUUAAUACAACAGCAUCAAUACCAGCAACAACAACAACACCUGAACUUAAAGUUGAAAAUAAUCCUCAUGGUGAAAUAUGGAUAAUAUCACAGGAUGUUUUUUAUUUUAAACUUGAUACACUUCAUAUACAUUUACAAUUUUUUUAUUCUGAAUUAGAUCGAGUUAUUGAUAUAGAUGCACUUUAUUAUCUAUUAUGUUGUUUAAAAUUAUUAAUUUUAAAUGAUGAAUGUUUAGAAACAGCAGCAAAAGAUAAUCAUGGCAUCCUUUCAUAUUGCCUUGAAAAAUUACUUGUUCCACAUAUUUGGAAAAUCUUUGCAUUAGGGCAUGGUCAUUUAAAUGAAUGUUGUGUACCAUUACUUCUUCAUGCACUUAAUUAUGAACUUGGAAAAACUGCUUUAUGGAAUAUACUUGAACGAGAUUUUUCAAGUACGCAUUGGAAAGCUCGUUCAUCAGCUGGUACACGUGUUAUUGCACUUUAUUCACUUCUUAAAUCAAAAUUAAUUAAAAAUAAUUAUAAUGUUCUUUCUGUACUUGCUUUUGCUUUUCUUAAUUUAAUAAUAUCAAUUGAAGAUGUUGAACCAACAUGUGCACUUGAAUUUCAAUUUGAUACAGUUAUAAAUGAUCGUUCAAUAAUAUUACAUCUUUUAUCAAAACUUUAUUCAAUAUUAUUACGUAAUAAUUCAACAAUAAAAAUUUUAAGAUGGAAAUUUUUUCUUAAUCGUUUUGAUAUAUUAUCAAUUGAAUCACAAAUAAGUAUGGAAGAAUCAGGUGAAUUAAUAAGUCCACAAAGUAUUGCUGGUUUUAAUACUGAAAGUGAACAUUUUAUACGAAAAUUAAAUCAAAUACGUUUUGCUAUGGCUAAAACAGAUUCAAUUAAACCAAUAUCAUCAUCAUUACGUCUUCCAACAUAUCAACGACGAAGCAACAACAAUUGA